AUGGCCGACUCCACCGACACACCGCCGUCCAUAUCGGCCCACGACGGCAUCACCGGCUACAGCAACGGUGCCGCUGGAGCGUCACACCGGAGCGUGAAGCGGCCACGGCCCGUCAAGAGCUGCUUAGAAUGUCGCCGUAGGAAGCUCAAGUGUGACCGGCUUCUACCAUGCACGCAAUGUCAGAAGUCUCAGCGUACGUGUCGCUAUGCCGCCGACGGCGACGUCGCAAGCACGUCUGAUGGAUCAGACGUGGAAACGCCUGAGAGGGCGCCAAAGCGGAACUGUACAUUAACAACAGGCCAGGGCCCAGGCUAUCGAGCCAGUCCCGUGCCGCCACACGCGAGUGCUUCCAUGCUUGACGACCAUAGUCUCAGGAUUGAACGCCUGGAAAAGCUACUGCUGGGCAACACCCCGUCCGUCACUGCAGGCAGCGGUAGCACCAGCACUCGCCAGUCACGCCCCAUCGCGUCGGCGCUCACUAUCCGCGGAUUGACUGUCAAAGGUGGUCUUCGGACGCGAUUCUUUGGGCAGAGUAGCACUCGGGUUCUGGUGAAUCUCUUUGAUGAAGCGAAAGAGUUCAUGUUCAGUAGCGAUAACUCUAGCGAGAUCCGAGAGAAGUUCAUGACUAUUCAGAAGAUCCACAAGGCCCUUCAGGAGGAACAUAGCAAAGUCACCGCCCCCAUCACAGUCUAUGUUGACUCCAUGACGCCGAUCCAGAAACGCAUGGCCGACGUGUUACCCAGCAGGCCGGUUUGCGACCAGCUCCUUCAAAUAUACUUGAACGGAUCUGAGUCACUCUACCGGGUAUUGCACAUCCCAUCUUUCAUGUCUCAGUACAACCUUUAUUGGCAAGGCAAUCCGCAGUCCGAUGCGUUCCUACCACAACUCCUCUCGAUCCUAUGUGUCGGAUAUCGCUUCAUUGGGAUCGGCAAGGGGCAGUACCAGAAUGAUCGAGAAGGCAUCCAUAUGCCGACAGCCUGUGCCCUGGUGAGAGCUUGGCUCGACGGCCUCCGCGGCAAGCAGCUGGUCGAGUUUAGCACACUGCAGGCCGAAAUCCUGCAGAUGAUGGCCCAACGAAUGAUCAGAACGCAAAAUCAGGAUUCGUGGACACAACUCGGCCUCAUAGUACGAAUGGCAAUGACGAUGGGCCUUCACCGAGACCCUGGUGAGUUCGCCCACAAGAUAUUGCCUUUUUGGGCAGAACAGAGGCGAAAGGUGUGGUACACCAUCCUGGAGUUUGACGUCCACAUGUCGAUGCAAUGCAACCUGCCUAGUUGCAUUCGUGAGGGGGAUUUUACGUGUUUACCACCACGAAAUCUGAAUGACGAGGACCUGCACCCCACUGUCGUGGAGCUCCCACCGCCCAAACCUAUCGAGCAGGAUACCGAUUCUCGCAUACAAGUAUUCGCUGCCAGCACGUUAGCUUCUCGCUUCAAGGUCCUCGACCUGAUCAACCGUAUCGACAGCCUUGAUGACUAUCAGCAGGUGGUCGAUCUUGGUAGUGAGCUUGAACGGGUCUUGGACGACAUCAAAUAUGUCGUACCAAGAGAACAUACAAAUGACAUGAAAGAGAUUCGGCGGCAAUGGAUGACUCGAGUUGUACUGGACAUGAACUGUCGCCGUCCACUUCUCGCAUUGUACCGGCCCUUCGCUUUGAGCUGCCCUGAUGCGCCUCAGCAAAUCAUGACUGGAUAUCUGAGGUCGGCAAUCAUGUUGCUGUCGUACCUUGACGAUUUGGACCCUGGUGCUCCUGGUUACGAACAAUUUUGGCACAUGCAUCACCUUGUCUUGAAACAAGACAUUCUCCAGGCUACCUUCGGGAUCUGUUACUACAUCAAGCAGGCUAACAAUAGAUCUUCGUCACACUCUUCUACAUGGGGCUCUAAUACCAGGUCUGUAUCGGUCGAGGAAGCUUGUGCGAUCGCAUCUGAAAGCUCAAUACUGCUGUCUUUACCAAGGCUCAAGGGAGCUGUUGAAAAGGUGCUGGAAACGAUGAUUACGCGGAUUAAAGAGAUUGGUACGGAUAUGAAGGACCUCAUAUCGUUGAUGGUUGUGUUUCACACCUAUCAAGGUGGCAACCUUGAGCAGAGGAAAGAAGCCAUCAACCAGGGCAUGCAGAGCAUCCUGGAUGCAGGCUUCCAAGCACUGCACACCAACAGGGAGAAUAUUGCCUCGAUGCCGUUAAUGCCGACACCGGUUCCGCUACCCAUGAACGCCUUCCAAACGAACGCAAGCAUGAUGAACAUGCAGCCAUUUAUGAUGACCCCAGAUGUACCGAAUAUUUUACCCGAUGAUCUUGGUAUAUGGGACAUGGAAUUCUGGAACCCCUUCACCGUCCAACCAGGCCCGACAUGA